CUCCAACUCAGAUCGUCUGCACGACCAUCUUUUACGACCUCACGCCGUGUCUACGGGACCCUCUGCUUGACGAAGACGACAGGAUUAUAGGCAGGUCGUGCGCUUGGAUCCGCCAUGGUUGUCCUCGCAGCGUCGAUAUGUACAAAGGGCGGCAAGGCCGUAAUAUCUCGUCAAUUCCGCGAUAUGUCGAGAGCGAGGAUAGAGUCCCUCCUCGCUUCCUUCCCGAAACUUAUUCCCACCGGAACGCAACACACAUCCGUUGAAACCUCUGAUGUUCGUUAUGUAUAUCAACCGCUGGAGGACCUGUACAUCCUCCUCAUCACGAACAAAGCGUCAAACAUUCUGCAAGAUAUCGAGACACUCCACCUCUUCGCGCGCGUCGUAUCAGACAUGUGCAGGAGCGCGGAGCAGCGCGAGAUUUUGAAAAACGCAUUCGAGCUGUUGAGCGCAUUUGAUGAGAUUGUGAGCCUGGGAUACAGGGAGCAGGUCAACCUCAUGCAGGUGCGCAAUGUGCUGGAGAUGGAGAGUCACGAGGAGAAGAUCCAGGAUAUCAUUGCUCGGAACAAGGAGGCGGAAGCAAAGGAGGAGCUAAAGCGCCGCGCCAAGCAGCUGGAGAUGCAGCGUCGCGAGCAGCAGAGGCGUGCCGCUGCCGGUGGUCCGUCCGGUGGAAGCUACCUAGGUGGCGGGAUUUCUGGCUACUCUGCGGUACCUCAACGCGAGUUCAACGCCCCCACGCCUCAACGUACGGCAUCACCCGCGCCGUCCAGCUUACGCGCGCCGGCAUUCAAGGGGAGCGGUAUGAAGCUUGGUGCCAAGAAGUCGCAGCAGUCGGCCCUUUUGGAUGCCCUCGGUGGAGAAGCGCUCCUGUCUGAAGACAUGUCCGCACCCGCUACCCCCGCCGUCUCGAACACUCCAGAACCUGUUGCUGCACAUAAGAAUGAGCGUGGAAGCUUGCCCCCUGUGGAGGCCGAGAGCGUUCACGUCGUUAUCAAAGAGUACCUCAACCUGGAACUCGUGCGCGAAGGCGGUCUCAACAACCUAGAGCUUCGCGGGGACAUGAACCUGCAGAUCUCUGAUGCGGACCUGGGCCGCGUCAAGCUGAGCCUCGCCCCUGCCCCUGCGAGCUUCGGACCAGAGCUUCAGUUCAAGCAACAUCCGAACGUUGGCAAGUUCGUAGCGAACAGGGACCGUGUCGUUGCGCUCAAGGAUCCUUCGCGCUCGUUCCCGAUUGGCCAGCCCCUUGCGGUACUCAAGUGGAGAUACGCCGGAAAAGACGAGACCUAUGUGCCUAUGUCGAUCAAUUGCUGGCCGACACCGUCCAACGAUGGCACUUGCGACGUAAACAUUGAGUACGAGCUCGAGAACGAGGGCGUCACUUUGCAUGACGUGGUGAUCUCAAUCCCACUACCUGACGGGUCGUAUCCCACAGUCUCCUCCCAUACGGGGGAUUGGGCACUAAACUCUUCGAGCCACUCGCUCGACUGGAACAUCCCGCUUAUCAAUGCGGAAGAAAAGUCUGGGUCUCUCGAGUUCUCGGUCGGCGGGGACGACGCCGGUGUCUUCUUCCCGGUUAGGGUGUCGUUUGUUGGCCAGGGCAGCAUUGCGGGGGUUAAGGUUGCAUCAGUGGCACGUGUCGAUGGCGGCGACGUCGUGUUUUCGGAGGACGCGACUAUCGCCGUGGAAAACUAUACCGUCGUGUAGGGCGUUGUACAUAGGAGAAUUAUAUAUUCGCUAUCGUCC